GGGACCAGUUCCGGUCAUGCGCAGUGAGGACAUGAAGCAGGCGGUCGCCGGGUUGCUGGGCCGCACUCUGUGAAGCGGUGUAUGGGGGGCUGAGGGACCUCUGGGGGGGAUUCUCCGCUCUUCUUUGUGUAACAGCAUCCAGGAAGAUGACCUCCAUUAUAAAGCUGACGACGAUCUCUGGGGCGCAGGAGGAAUCCGCGCUCUGCUAUCUGCUGCAGGUCGAUGAGUUUCGCUUUCUCCUUGACUGCGGCUGGGAUGAGAACUUCUCCAUGGACAUCAUAGAAUCCAUAAAGAAAUACGUCCAUCAGGUAGACGCCGUCCUCCUGUCUCAUCCGGACCCCCUUCACCUUGGAGCGCUCCCUUAUGCAGUCGGUAAACUGGGAUUAAACUGUGCCAUCUAUGCCACCAUCCCUGUGUACAAGAUGGGCCAGAUGUUCAUGUACGAUCUGUACCAGUCUCGGCACAACACGGAGGAUUUCAACCUGUACACUCUGGACGACGUGGACUCUGCCUUCGAUAAAAUACAGCAGCUAAAAUUCUCCCAGAUUGUACAUUUGAAAGGUAAAGGUCACGGUUUGUCCAUUACUCCGUUGCCAGCUGGUCACAUGAUCGGAGGAACCAUAUGGAAGAUCGUCAAGGACGGAGAGGAAGAGAUUGUAUAUGCCGUGGACUUUAACCACAAGAGAGAAAUACACUUGAACGGUUGCUCCUUGGAGAUGAUCAGCCGGCCGUCCCUCCUCAUCACUGACUGCUUUAACGCCACAUAUGUGCAGCCCAGGAGGAAGCAACGAGAUGAGCAACUGCUCACGAAUGUACUGGAGACCCUGCGAGGGGAUGGGAAUGUGUUAAUCGCUGUUGACACGGCCGGGAGAGUCUUGGAACUUGCGCAGCUUCUCGACCAGAUUUGGAGAACCAAAGAUGCCGGCCUUGGAGUGUAUUCUUUAGCCCUUCUCAAUAAUGUCAGCUACAACGUGGUGGAGUUCUCAAAGUCUCAGGUGGAGUGGAUGAGCGACAAGCUUAUGAGAUGUUUUGAGGAUAAGAGGAAUAACCCCUUUCAGUUCCGUCACCUGUCCCUGUGUCACGGCUUCGCAGAUCUCGCGCGUGUCCCCAGCCCUAAGGUUGUGCUGGCCAGCCAGCCUGACCUGGAGUGUGGAUUUUCCAGGGAGUUGUUUAUCCAGUGGUGCCAAGACCCCAAAAACUCAGUCAUCCUCACAUACAGGACCACCCCUGGGACUCUCACCCGCUUCCUGAUCGACAAUCCGACAGAAAAGAUCAUAGAUAUAGAGCUUAGAAAACGGGUGAAGCUGGAAGGACGAGAGCUGGAGGAAUAUCUGGAGAAAGAAAGGGCAAAGAAGGAGGCUGCAAAAAAGCUGGAACAGUCAAAAGAAGUUGACAUUGAUUCCAGUGAUGAGAGUGAUCCCGAAGAAGACAUCGACCAGCCCGUGAUCCACAAGACCAAACAUGACCUGAUGAUGAAGAACGAGGGCAGCAGGAAAGGCAGCUUCUUUAAACAGGCGAAAAAGUCUCACCCCAUGUUCCCUGCCCCCGAGGAACGAAUAAAAUGGGACGAAUAUGGUGAAAUUAUAAAGCCGGAAGACUUCUUAGUUCCUGAACUCCAAGCGACAGAGGAAGAGAAGAACAAGCUGGAAUCUGGGCUGACCAAUGGGGAGGAACCAAUGGACCAAGACUUAUCAGAUGUGCCAACCAAAUGUGUCUCCACAACUGAGCCAAUGGAGAUCAAAGCUAGGGUCACCUACAUCGAUUAUGAAGGUCGGUCAGACGGCGACUCCAUCAAGAAGAUCAUCAACCAGAUGAAGCCUCGACAGCUGAUAAUCAUCCAUGGGCCACCUAAAGCGAGCCAGGACCUUGCCGAGGCCUGCCGGGCUUUCGGAGGCAAAGAUAUUAAGGUUUAUACCCCAAAACUUCUUGAGACGGUGGAUGCAACGAGUGAAACUCACAUUUAUCAGGUAAGAUUAAAAGACUCCCUUGUCAGCUCCCUCAAGUUCUGCAAAGCAAAAGACACGGAGCUGGCCUGGAUCGAUGGCAUCCUGGACAUGCGGGUGUCCAAGGUAGACACUGGAGUCAUCCUGGAAGACGGGGAGUUAAAAGAAGAAGGUGAAGACUCUGAAAUGCAAGUGGACGCUCCGAGCAUCGACGCCAGCACCAUCGCGCAGCAGAAAGCCAUCAAGAGCCUGUUCGGUGAUGACGACAAGGAGUUUUCGGAAGAAAGUGAGGUGAUCCCUACCCUGGAGCCAUUGCCCUGUAAUGAGGUUCCUGGACAUCAGUCGGUGUUUAUGAAUGAGCCGCGAUUAUCAGAUUUCAAACAAGUCCUUCUGCGCGAGGGGAUCCAGGCAGAGUUUGUGGGGGGCGUCCUCGUCUGUAACAAUGUGGUUGCCGUUCGCAGGACGGAGACCGGACGCAUCGGAUUGGAGGGCUGCAUCUGCGAGGACUUUUAUAAGAUAAGAGAACUGUUAUACGCACAGUACGCCAUUGUAUGAGCAGCAUGUACUGGACUUCACCUGUGUGACCUCUGACCCCUUGACCUCCAUUCAUUUACAGCACCCAACAUUUUUUCUUUUUGUAAAUUAUUUUUAUACAAGCUGCACAUCUGGGAAGUCUGUGCGGUGUAUAUAAUUAAUUGAAUUGUACAAGUUUAUAGUUUCAGAAGAUUUGGGGGCAGAAAGAGUCAUUGACCGGACAUCUGUUCUACAAGAUGGGAAAUGUCCAGAUCAGGAUGAGGGGAUCUCUGAUAAUUGUAAGCGAAUGUUCAUAUAGAUAUGUAAUCUCCAUACUUCAGAGCUGUACUCACUAUUCUUCUGGUGAGAUCACUGUGUAGAUACAUUACUUAUCCUGUACUGAUCCUGAGUUAUAUCCUGUAUUAUACUUCAGAGCUGUACUCACUAUUCUUCUGGUGAGAUCACUGUGUAGAUACAUUACUUAUCCUGUACUGAUCCUGAGUUAUAUCCUGUAUUAUACUUCAGAGCUGUACUCACUAUUCUUCUGGUGAGAUCACUGUGUAGAUACAUUACUUAUCCUGUACUGAUCCUGAGUUAUAUCCUGUAUUAUACUCCAGAACUGUACUCACUAUUCUGCUGGUGGGGUCACUGUACAUACAUUACAUUACUUAUCCUGUACUGAUCCUGAGUUAUAUCCUGUAUUAUACCCCAGAGCUGUACUCACUAUUCUGCUGGUGAGGUCACUGUGUACAUACAUUACAUUUCUUAUUCUGUACUGAUCCUGAGUUAUAUCCUGUAUUAUACUCCAGAGCUGCACUCACUAUUCUGCUGGUGAGAUCACUGUGUAUAUACAUUACAUUACUUAUUCUGUACUGAUCCUGAUUUAUAUCCUGUAUUAUACUCCAGAGCUGUACUCACUAGUCUGCUGGUGAGGUCACUGUGUACAUACAUUACAUUACUUAUCCUGUACUGAUCCUGAGUUAUAUCCUGUAUUAUACUCCAGAGCAGGGUUAGAAAUAUACAGAGUGACUCCGCCAGCAGAAUAGUGAGUACAGAUCUGGAGUAUAAUACAGGAUAAUUAAUGUAAUGUAUGUACACAGUGAUCUCACCAGCAGAAUAGUGAGUGCAGCUCUGGAGUAUAAUACAGGAUAUAACUCAGGAUCAGUACAGGAUAAGUAAUGUAAUGUAUAUACACAGUGAUCUCACCAGCAGAAUAGUGAGUACAGCUCUGGAGUAUAAUACAGGAUAUAACUCAGGAUCAGUACAGGAUAAGUAAUGUAAUGUAUGUACACAGUGAUCUCACCAGCAGAAUAGUGAGUACAGCUCUGGAGUAUAAUACAGGAUAUAACUGAGGAUCAGUACAGGAUAAGUAAUGUAAUGUAUGUACACAGUGACCUCACCAGCAGAAUAGUGAGUACAGCUCUGGGGUAUAAUAUCGGAUAUAACUCAGGAUCAGUAGGAGAUAAGUAUAUGUAUGUGUGUAUGUAUGUGUAUGUGUGUAUGUAUAUAUAUAUAUAUAUAUAUAUAUAUAUAUAUAUAAUUAUAUAAUAUUCUGUUAUUGGAGAUUACUUACAUAUGAUCAGAGGUGAAUGUACGAUUUAAAGGAGAUCUCCAGUGGUGAAAAACGUAUCCCCUAUCCUAAGGAUAGGUGCUAAGAUCGCGGAGGGUCUGACCACUGGGGGCCCCGGCUCGCUGGCCAGAUUGCGUGUGUUGACCACCGCACGAAGCGGCGGCUGACAGGUCCCCUCAAUACAUCUCUAUGGCAGAGCCGGAGAUUGCAGAAGGCAGCGGUCCAGCUCUGCCAUAGAGUUGUAUUGAAGGGACGUGUCAGCCGCCGUUUCGUGCGGUGGUCAACAUGCCCCUUUCCCGCAGGCUGCCGGGGCCCCUGUACAUGAGAUCGCGGGGGGGGGGUCCGACUUCUCUCGAUCUGAAACUUGGCCCCUAUCCUUAGGACAGGGGAUGCGUUUUUCACCACUGGAUUUCCCCUUUAAGCUGAAGAGACUUUGUACUGGAGAAGUAUUAGUGAUAUACGAUAUUUGGGUAGAAGUAAAUGACCAUUUUUAUAUUAAGUUCUGUUUAGUAGUUUUUCUGUAGAGCAGACGGGGGUCGCAGAUCACUGUUCACCUUCUACAUGAGACACAAUGACUUUUUAUGUUAUUUUAUGUUAGUGGUCAUCUGCCUGGGCAGUGUGAUACAUACGAUGCCUCUGUUAUUUGAGGUGUUUAGUCGCUUUUGUUACAUAAACUUUUCUGUGUGAAGUAAAAAUACAUUCGCCGCGUGUACAGGAAAAGAAUAGGUUUUUUCUCAUGCUGUUCUGAUGGUUUCCUGAAAUAAAAAUUAACCAAACA